UUGGAAAAAAGUGAAGCCUGGCCUAAGGCAGAUGGGUUACAGGAAACUGAGAAACAAGAAACAAAGAGAGAGAUUAAUGAAGAUACGCAUGGUGCCGUCAAGGCCUUGUCAGAAGUAGGAGUAGAGAAAAACCAAGAAGAUGGAAGUGAACAAAAAGGAGGUAACAUAGUUGGAAGUGUUGAAAGUUUACCUGCAUUAGAGCCAUCUAGAGAUAAAAAAUAUGAGGAAGAAAAUGAGGUAAGCAGUGACACACUAGACAGACUCCAAGAAAGUGAAAUAGACGUUCUUGUUAGGCCUGAGGGAGUGAAAAGCAUGAUUAUAGUGAAGCAGGAAUCCGAGACAACUAAUUCUGGGGGACAUCAUGACACUGCAGAAGAUAACAGUGCGACAUCAUCGGACCCAUGGCAUGAUCAAGAGGGAGAAAAGGUAAGUGACAGAGAUCAUUCAGAUAUCGGAACAGGCCUAAAUACUUUGGAAAACGAAGUGAAGGAAGAUCUUCGAUUGUUUCUUCAUGAACUUCACCAACGUGAAGAUGAAUAUUUCUACUUGGUGUCCAAAGACUCCAAACAAACUGAAGUGCACCAUGUUGAUGCUUCCAAUGAAGUCCCACCUAUGCCCCAACAAGGUUUAGCUCAGGAGAAAUCACUGCCAAAUGAAAACUCCCACAAAGAUACAUUACCAAAACAAGGUGAUGAAAAGGAUCAUCUGCCAGAAGUUGAAUCUGAAGAACAAGGCGACGGUUUUGACAGUAGAUCAUGGGAGAUUGAGUGUAGUAAGAAAGUAAUGAAGACAUUGUCAGGGAAAAAGAACAACCAUAUCAAAAAGAUAUUUCUUGCAAAAAUGACGAUUCUGUCACAAGGUGACUUCGUGAAUAAUGAAAAACAUUGUAAGCCAGUUUCAAGCAUCAAGGGCAUUGAGCUUUAUGAGACACGUUUAAAUAAAAAGACAGGGCAAUCUGGCAAAUAG